AUGAAAAUUUCCACAACUGCAAAAGUUCCUUUACUUGGAGGAGACUUAAAUCUACCAAGUGGUAAAAAGAUCAGUGAUAUAUUGUUACCUAUAUAUAAGGAUGCCAAUGAAAAUGACUUGAUCAAAAUUGGAGUACUUGACUUAGAUAACCCAAGAUAUAAAGAUCCUUCCUACAAUGAAUUACUAAUUUAUAAAAGAACAUUGGAUGACCUUGUUUCUUCCAAGAAAAUUGGAAAACAGAUAUUUCAAAGGAUAGAUGAAAUAAAGAAAAUUGAAGGUUUUGAAGAAGCACAAAAAAACUUAAAGUUAUGGUAUAAAGAUGAUGAUUUAUUUUCAACAGAUUUUGACCCCAUGAUAAUGACAUUUCUUCGAAGACUUGUUGAGAAAAUUCUAUGUUAUUUUAAUCUUAAUUCAAGCUAUUGGGAAUUAAAUCAUUCUGAAACACAUAAGCACAAACGUCGUAACUUAUUAAAAACAAUUGAUGAAAAUGUUGAGAAGGCUCUUGUGCCAGAUAUUACUAUUGAGGAUUUGAGGAAUAACUUAGAAGUCUUGAUUGUAGAGCAUGGAAAGCAACAGUUGAAUGAUAAUAGAAGAAAGUUUUUCAAUGAUAAGUUCAAAUCAUGCAUCUUACUUCAUGACAUGUUACGAUCUGUUUACAAUGAAUUGAGAUUUGUUAAUGAAGAAAUCAAAACAUUUGAUUUUAGUGUUUUUAGUGUGGUGACAUCUGUAGCACCAGAGCUAUAUGUUCUACAAAAAAUUUCUCAGUAUUCCUUACCCAGAACUAUUCAUAGUUUCAGUUCAUUAUCCAAAAAUGCAUAUGAAUUAAUAAAAUUCCGUGUAAGUGCAUUUUAA